UUACGUUUAUUUAUUAGCCCCUUCUUUCUCUCAGUGUGCCUAACUAACUGGCGAGCUGAACGCACUUAAAGCGAUUUUCAGCCGAACAAAUUGCGCCGCGAUACGCGAUGGUCAAUCAGGGAUCGUGGCAUUUACGAGAAAUAAAGUAUAUAUUUAAUGCCUUCCAACUUGACCCCCUUUUCGCGAGCCCCUGCGCAUCGAUGACGUCAGACGGGGGGCAUUGUGUAAACCCUGUGGAGUGGUGCAAUUUGUGGCGUGGACCAACGUCAUCGGUUGACCACAUCCCUGCUAAAGCUGAAGUUCCACUCGGCUGCUUUCCAUUGAAGCGCAUAAUUUCGCGGAAAUGCAAUUUCCCCCCAAAAUCCAUGGCUAUAUAAAUAGGCGUUGAUAGAGAGAUAUGAAGAAGCGACGCAUAACCAGCUCAGCUGGAGACGUCGAUGGAUUUCGAUUUGGAUUUGGAUUUGGACCCCAAGCAGGGACUCCAACUCGUUUGGGCUUCCGCAUUGCGUUGCGAAGAGAGGCACGCGUCUGCCAGGCGGCGCGGCGACUGAAAGAUUUGCUGCUACUGGUGGCGCUAAUUGCUGGAUUCGGAAUGAUGGACGCAUGCGCAGCGGUUGGAUACUCCUAUGCGAGAUUCGAGGGUCCGGUGGUGGGGCCGGAGCACCUGGUCACCGUCCACGAUGGACGCACCGUCGACUAUGUGGCCCGUCCCGAGUACAGCUUCGCCUAUGGCGUCGAGGAUGGCAAGUCGCGCUUGCUGCAGAAUCGCAAGGAGACGCGGAACGGGGACGAGGUGCGAGGAGUGUACAGCGUAGUCGAUCCGGAUGGCACCUUGCGUGUGGUUAAAUACACGGCCGACGAUGCCAAUGGAUUUCAAGCUGAGGUUAUUACGAACGGUGUGAAGACUCUGCACGGCCAUGGAUCCGACGGGGAUGCGGGUGGUGGGUUGGUGCACAACCAGGUGAGACACCACAGCUCCGAGGCCCAUGAAGGGGACGCGGAUGAGCACGAGGAGGAGGAGGAGGAGCGAGCACCGCACCAGGGCAAUGGCCAGUACCAAGUGCACGAGGACUACGAUGAGGGUGGCGGCGAGGGGGAAAAGGACGAGGAGGGGGAGGGCGGCGAGGAGGGUGGGGAUCACCAGGAGUACGAGGGCAGCAGCGAGGAAGGAUAUGUCGAAGCAGAUGCUCACAGUCAGCAGGAGGAGUCCAGCAGCGAGGACUACUAG